AUGUCAUCAUCAGAGGCUUCGGGGCUGGAGAAAACGCAGCCCGCUGGCAGACGCCCCUGCCCCAAGACGCUCUAUGAUUACGACCGCAUGUCAUGCAAAGAAAGAGAAGAUUUACAAGAACGAACAAGAAUGGGCCAUUAUUCGAUUCUGAGAGCUCUGGUUCGAAAACGUGGACCUGGAGAGCCUACUCUAGAGGAAGAACUUCAGGCUCAAAACCCAAAACGUCGCAAAGCUGACUACGAAGAGAGUGAUUCUAGUGAAUCAAGCAGCAGAUCAGAGGAGAGUGAUGAAGACGAGGAAGACGACAAAGGGGAUCAACAAGAUGACAGCGAUGACAGAGUAACUCACCAGCCAAGAUAUACCCAUCACUCUAGACCCGACAUUGAAGACACUGGUGAUUCACCCGUUGUCGAUGACCCAUUUACCUUGAAGCCUGACAACGAACUGAAAGAGUUGAGAGACAUACUGCGUAAGCAGCAAUCAGAGAUCAAUGAGCUGAGAACGAAGCAACACAGUGACGUCGCCCUUCUACGAGAAAGUUUAUUAAAGGGUAAAACAAAUGCCAGUCAAACCGUGGCAGCGACUUCCACGAUUUUAAACGAAUUAAGGAAGGACCUCGACAGACAAACCAGACUCCUAUCCUGGAACACCCAGGAGUCUCUCCAGUAUGUUACCAAAGUACAGAUGGAGGAAUUCGUCAAAAGGGCCGUCGAGGAAGUCCUUGACAAGUUCCAUCUCGAUGAAAAGAUCAAGGAUGCCGUGAUUGCUCAGUUUGACGAAGAGAGAUCUCGUUCUGUGGUCUUGCCAACUGAGAGUGCCAAGUCACAUCUGAUUUUGCCCGUUUCUGGUAUCGUUGUCUCUAGUGGCACUGAGAACGAUCACAGGCUUGACGCCCCAGAGAAUGACUCUAAUAUAGGAAGAGACGAUGCACCUCUUCAAUCCAACAGAAGAAUUGGUAGCCCAACUGCAUUCGAAAAUAACGCACAUUCCGUUAUUAGAGGUAAAGGCCCCGAGGACGAACGGCCUGUCACCCCGAGACCUCCUGCCGUAACAUCUGGCAAUUUGAAUAUCGCCAACGCCACGAGUACAAAUGCUUUUGACUCCGCCGAGGGGGGGGUAAUUAUUCCAAAAUUAGAACCUUCACGACUGCUAAAAGAUACCGCAAAGACUGACUCCUUACUCACUACCCCUGCUAGACAAACUGCUAGGGGUGGAAGCCCAUUUCCAUAUGGCUAUGCCCCCAAAAAAUAUGAAAGGGCUACGAUCCCCCCGUAUGGACCUUCACAGCCUCUGAACAUUACUACAGAGACUGACUCUCUACCUGUUACCCCUAUCAGGCAAACUACUAGGAGUGCAAGCCCAUUUACAAGUGGCUCUGUCCCAGGUACCAACGGAAAGCCUAGGAUUCCUUCAUUCGGGCUUUCACAGCCUCUGAACACUACUACAGAGACUGACUCUCUACCUGCUACCCCUACCAGACAAACCACUAGGAGUGCAAGUGGCUCUAUCCCAGGUACCAAAGGAAAGCCUAGGAUUCCCUCAUUCGGUCUUUCACUACCCACGAAUACUAGUACAGAGACUGACUCUCUACCUGCUGCCCCUACUGGACAGACUACCAGGGGUGCAGGCUCGUUUCCAGGUGGCUAUACCGCCAUCAGGCGGUCUGUUCUGUCUUCUACGCCAUCAACUUCCAGACGUGGGCAAUGCACCCAGGGAAAGAAACCGGAGUAG